AUAGAUCAGAAAACAGCAAUCGAGAGCUAUGGUCAUGGACCGUGACGAGGGCUUUAUUGUGACCUUGGAGGGUCACCAGCCUACCAUCACCGAGCAACUGCAGUUGUUACCAUUCUCGCAAAACAUCCUCUGCCUCCCACCACUCGACUUACCCCCUCCCCCACCGCCGAGAAAAUCUGCAUCCCCAUCCUCAUCACCGUCAUCACAAAAUCAAUUCCCCGUUCUCGACUCUGUUGUGCGGAAAUAUAUACUGUCACUGCACGAUGCCCACGUUUCCAGAGUGCAGAAAGCAAAGAGAUUCCUGUCGGAGCGGAGUAAGGGUACUGGACGGAUGGUCUUCAUGAACGGAGGCUUCGCCGCCGCACAGGUUGCAUGUCUGGAGGCGUUGAAACAUUUUUUAGCAUGGGAGGGGGACGAGAUGGAAAUGGGGGAGAAUGCGACUAGGGAGGCGGAAUGGAUGUUUCAGGAUAUAAUGCAUGGAGGUGUUCAAGCCCUGCAGUGCAAUCCCUUGGACGGGAGCAAAGCGGACGGACUCAAGAAGAACUCUUGUCGGGAGUCCAUAUCCGAUAAGGUGCACCGGAGGAUGCGUUCCGAGAGUGCUGCCACCAGGUCCAGGGAGGAGAUUCCGGAGGAGGAAGCGGCUAUCCCGAGACCCGUGACUCCAGUGGAUAAAUUCCCGGGAUCCCCCAUGAGCGGGUCGCAGUCCACGGCUUGGGCGUCGGCUGCAGAAAAGAUGGAUCCUGUGAUGUCUAAGAGCUCGCACCUUAGUCUUGCUACUAUUGCUACGGUCUCCACCACUGCGCCGCGGUCACCAACGCCGGAGGAGAUUGAGGCUGGGAUCGAGAUUGGGAAGGCUGUCGCUGUGCAUGUCAGGAGUCGGAGUAAUACCACCAACACUGUUGCCCCGCCCAGGUAUUCCCCUCCGCCUUCACCGCCCGUGAUGAGGUCUGAGUCGAGACGGGGGAGCAACGAGGAUCGAUUGAGGGAGAGGAGGAGAUCGCAGAGUAUCCCCCCAUACUGCGGGAGGAAUAGACGGUCCGUUACGGGGAAAACACUGAGGAGAAAGGAUACUAGUUCCUUAAAGAUUUCUACAAUGAAGCCAGACGACCCUGUUCUUCCACUGAUGGACACAGUCUAUUCCCCGAUGGACAUAAUUACCCCUCCUUCCAGCGCCGGGGUGUUGCCCGAAACUCCGAGUUCCGACCAACCCUCGACUUACCACCACCGCUCGAUCGGUGAUUCGUUUGGUCAUAUUGGCGCCCGUGAUUCGGUACCUUCCACCAGGACCGCUUCGCCAACACCUAGCUCCACAGAGGAUGCCAGCGGUGCAACAAUCAUGCCUUCGCCUCUGCGUCUCGGCAGAAACUUUACCGGCUCCCCGCCCAGUGUGAUUGGACGCCUUGCCGGGGAGCCCGUGGAUCCAUUGUUUCCAUCCGCGGACGACAACUUGAUAAUCUACCUCUCAGACGAGAUAGAGAAGGGUUCCAACGAGCUUUUAGAACGGGUCCUCGGCGACCUGUCAGCAUCCUUCACAAUCCGUACCCCGGGAACCUGCUCACGAGAAGAGCCAGAGCGUCGCUUUCUCCCGGCUGAAUUCCGGCCUCAACACAUUUCUACAAAGCACGAGUCCUACCGGUCAUACGAGUCUAUAGCCUCCACGGAGACUACCCGCUGGUCAUUGGGCACUACGUCCAGUCGCGGCGGGAAUACGGCGGACGGGGGUGAGCGACAAGGCUCACACUUCCCAACGGUCAGGUUAACUUCGCAAAGUUCCCCGCUAGAUUUACAAAAUGAGCUGCGAGGCAUACUGCGCCAGCAUUUUCCCAUACCGGCGUCCCCGGUCCCGGCUGCAGACGACGACGACGAAGAAACCCGCUGGCUGCGAGAAGACGACGAAAUCUCGGCGCUGUGGGCGCCGGUAUUGAGUCCGUACUCCUCACCCGCCUCCGGUUCCCAAGAGGACACACCCUGCUCGGCGAUAGACUUGCUCAUGGCAAUCGGUUCGGAAACUACCCUCUCCUCCGGCGCAGAAAUUGACCUGGCGGCGCAAAAAGGCGAGGAACUCCGCCACCAGCUAAUCUCCCGUACAGAAAAGGAAGUCUCGAAGCGGAAGGAUGCAUCGGGCUUUAGCAAUAACCGCGUCUCCCGCGUGUCGUUGAAGUAUCUCCUAUGCACAUCCCAUGCCUUUGUUUUACGCCAGCACCCGGAAGCUGCAAAUCUUGAAAGGUCAAUCGUGAAGGGCGGCUUCCUACUCCCCAUGAUUGAAAAGUAUAUUUCCCAAAACGCGGAUGUAAGAGCGUUGAUAAUAGACUUUGACCUGCACAUGGGCUCUCAAGCAAUCUUGGAGCUCCGUCGACACCUCCACUGUCCUACGUACACCCCCGAAACAUCAGAUACUUCUCCGGCGGUGCUCAGAAUCGCAUGUAUCGCCGACGGCGCAAUCCAGAUCAGCGCUAAACCCCCUGUGCGGAAAUUCCCGAACGCCUCACUCCGGCCUGCCGGUGGUAAUGCUGCCAUCUCUCCUACUGCCACCUCCUCUACAAAUCAAAUCCGGAUACGAACCUCGUAUGGGCAAACAACGACGAGUUAUACCCUCAGUGGAUGGACCCCUACCAGCCCGAACAUACCCGCCGAUGCGCUGCGUAUUCGCAGAUCUAUGCGCCGGAGGAAAGACAGGAAUUGGGUUCCGAAGCAGCGGCUGAUUUCUCUCGCCGACGUGCUGCUACCGCCACUAGGGAGCGUGCCCGCCGGGCCGGGAUUUGUGGCUGCGGUCGGGGUGCUAGUAUCUGGUGUUGUCGAGAGGGAAAGAGUCACGGGGUUCUUUGGAGACAAGGGGGAUGAGGAGAGGGGCUGGAGGGGUGAGGAUAGACGUAGGAAGUGGGAGGAUAGGCGGGGUAGUAGUUAUUUUGAUGAUGAGGAAGAUGAGGAAUAUGGUGAUGAGGGAGAAGGGCAGGAGGGGGAGGAGGGCGAGGAAGAGGAGGAAGAGGAGGGAGAGAGUGAAGUAGACGAUGAGAGGAGUACUAUGACGGUGAGGGGGAGGGGAGGGAGUAAAGCUUUUAGAUGGUUGGGUUUGGUGUGAUUGAUGGACUCACGGCCUUGACGUUGGCUUGCUUGCGCGUGGGUAUUUUCAUACAAUUUCCUUUCUUUAGUUUCAUUUCUUUGGUUUGCGGCAUGGGGUUAUUGCCUGGGUUGGUCGGUCAUCUCAAGUUGGAUUGCGCAGCGUGUUAAGAUAUAUUUUCCAUCAUAUUCCGUCUCAGUUCUUCUUUUGUCUGCUGGGCGCUGGGUUUUCUCCCUUGCCAAUAGCUAGCUAGGUUUGGUUGGCGAUGGGCUCACGGCUAGUUAGCCAAUCUAUAUCUAUUACUCGAGUAUAUAAAACGGGUUUUUCACAAAAGUG